GGCAGGCAGUUCAUCAUGGGUGGCUUUUUCUCAAGCAUUUUUUCCAGUCUGUUUGGAACCCAGGAAUUGAAGAUUUUAAUUUUGGGAUUAUAUGGGGCAGGAAAAACUACAAUUUUGUACAGAUUACAGGUUGGAGAAGUCGUUACUACUAUUCCUACCGUUGGAUUUACUGUUGAGACGGUAACAUACAAGAACCUAAAAUUCCAAGUCUGUGAUUUAGGAGGACAGACAAGUGUCAGACCAUACUGGAGAUGUUAUUAUUCAAACACAGAUGCAGUCAUUUAUGUAGUAGACAGUUGUGAUCGAGAGCAAAUUGGCAUUUCUAAAUCAGACUUAGUUGCCAUGUUGGAGGAAGAAGAGCUGAGAAAAGCCAUUUUAGUGGUGUUUGCAAAUAAGCAGGACAUGGAACAGGCCAUGACUCCCUCGGCGAUGGCAAAUUCACUUGGGUUACCUGCCUUGAAGGACUGAAAAUGGCAAAUAUUCAAAACUUUAGCAACCAAAGUCACUGGCCUUGAUGAGGCAAUGGAAUGGUUAGUUGAAACAUUAAAGAGCAGGCAGUAAUUCAGUCACUUCUGCUCCUCUGAAACGAAGACCACA